GAAUAUGAUUACCCCACCAAGGCCUAGGGAGCUGAGAAAAGAGAGUUUGCAUUUGAACUCUGUUUCAAGUAUUUCUACAUUUAUGUUUAUUUGCAAUUAAGUUCAUUUCUUGCUUGUAUUUUCCUCACAGAUAAGACAAAUUCUGUUAGGACCAUCUAUGUCUCUAUAUGAGAGAGUCCAAACAGGGAAUGAAGACUAAAAAUAAAGACAAACUGUGAUGCACACCAAACCAAACAAUGAAAUAGAAGUACUCCAUUACAAAACCUCAAUGAUCUUAAGUAUAGUGCAGGCAAUCUGGAACUUCAAAGAGGGUGCCACCACCACCACCACCUCCAGCAAUUAAGACCAUAUGGCAUAGAGAACAUGUUCUCUCUAUCCAAGCCUUAAAUCCUCGGUCUUCUCUUCUUCUGUCUCUUACUGACAGAUAUGCUUUGUCUAUUGUAUUGAAUAUACUACCUAUCCAUGCAUCUUCUCUGCAGAACUUCCUAAACUACCACCCUCUUCUACAUUUCCAAACCCUCCAUAGCUUCAACUAAUGACUGCCACGGAUCCCAAAAUACCAGUUAAACAACUUCGAGAACUCCUCCAAGAGCAGCAAGAACCUUUUAUCCUAGAGCUUUGCCUAGUGGAAAGAGGUUAUUUGAGAAACAGCUUUAAUGCAGGAAGUAGCUCUAGCUUCCCUUGUUGUCAUGGCAAUUCAAGAAAAUCCCUCAAGAGUUCAUUUAGCUUUGGUCUUAAAAGGACCAAAAAGGGUAUUACGUACUGUCCAAAGGUAUUAAGGAGUGCAUAUAAUCAGGUCAUUUCCUUCAACGAGAGACUCAGAACUAAAGUUUCCAAUCAUAGGGAUGGAGAUGUUGAUGUUACAGAGAAGAAGGACAGGAAUAAACAAGAAGCAGUAGAAAUAGAUAGAUUUUCUUCUGCUAGCAGCUCGACAGUGUUUAAUUCAUGUUGUGGAAGCGAUGCAGAAGAAACUUCCACUUCUCAGCAAAAAGAUCACAUCUCGUUCACAACUAACACUUCCCAGUCUUUCAAACGCUGCAAGCUAAUAGAACAAGAGGCUGUUACAGAUAGAAAGCUCCAAUGGCAAUGCAUAGAAGAAAGUAGACAGCUCAGCCCAGUGUCUGUAUUAGAAGAGGUAGCUUCACAUACAGGUUACCCACUUGAUAACAAGUGCUUCUGUACCUUAAAAGAAAAGAAUACCUCAAAAACCUGUGUUCUUUCUUCCAAGAAAGUUACAGAAGACUCUAUUCUAUCAGCUUCUCUGUGGAAAAUAUUUUUCCACUCAGCAACUGAGAAACCAACUUUACCAGGAGUCUCAGAAAUACAGGAGCUUGUCCAAUCCAAUCUUUCUUCACAUCACUUGAAAUCCAGGUCAUGUUUGCAGCAAACAAAGCAACUUCUUUUUGACUGUGUAAGGGAGAUAGUAGAGAACCAAGGAAGGAAGGAGAAGGAGAAGCAGCAGCAACAACAGAGAGAAUAUUUGGCAUCAGAAGAGCUUGGAAAGCUCAUUGGAGAGAAAAUUAAGUUCUAUGGAAAACAGUAUGGCGAAGAAUCAACCUUGAGGGAACUACUGGAAUUGGAAUUUCAGGAUUCAGCGCAUGAAUGGAGGGGUUAUGAGCCACAGCGAAGGGACAUUGGGUUUCAGAUUGGGGAUGCCAUUUUGGAGGAGAUCAGCAGUGAAAUGAUUAAGGACAUGAUUGAUUUCUUGUCACCAAUCACCAGAUGUUCUCAAUCACUUUGAUCCAAAUAAUCUCAAUUUUAACUUCCCCCCUCCACAACUACACUUUCCCAGCUAACAAGAUGAAAGUUUUUUUUAGCAAGUUUUUUGAAUUUAAUAGCAUAUUAGUAUAAUAUGUAUUUUUUACUUUAUGUAAAUUAUGCUAUAUACGGCUCCCACAGCACACCUACUUUCAA